CCGGGCCGAGACUUACUAACAUCUACACUUGGCCGUCCACAAUCUCCACUGAAUUAACACACACGCGCAUGUAUUCUGUCGCGCCGCCGCCGCUACUAGCUUGGCUCUGGGUGCCCUCUUGCCCUCACAACCCCGAAUGCGCACCAGCAGAACGCCCUCCGCUAUCCGCCCCUGCUGGCUCAUCGCUCUGCCUUGGUAUAGUCGGUUUUUUCGCUCAAGUCCAUCGUCGUUCGUGAAGUGCUUCUAGUUUUUAUUCGAGUUAUUUAUUAUCGACUUGCAAUUUCUGAUACAUGAGACCUCGCCUGUUGGGAAGAAUUUCCGAUCGAUCUGUGGAUCUCUAGACUGCGGUCAACCCACCAGAUGGACUAAUACGCGUGCAAAUAGGCUCAUUAUGCUGUAAAGAAGAAUGGGAACAGGAGAUCGUCUCCUCGACAUUCCGUGCAAAGUGUGCGGGGACCGUAGUUCUGGAAAACAUUACGGCAUUUACAGCUGCGACGGAUGCUCCGGAUUUUUUAAGCGAAGUAUUCAUAGGAACAGGGUAUACACUUGCAAGGCACAAGGAGACAGCAAGGGCCGCUGUCCGAUCGACAAAACUCAUCGUAAUCAGUGCAGAGCCUGUCGUCUUAAUAAGUGCUUCCAAUCGGCAAUGAACAAAGACGCAGUGCAACAUGAGAGAGGUCCUCGAAAACCAAAGCUUCACCAUGCCCUUCACGUGAAAGACCUGUCAUCGAACGGGCCGAUAAGCCAGGAUCAUUGCAACUUGGGUCCUGUUAAAAUCCCUGCCGUCGGUCCCAUUUAUCCGCCAAGUAUGAAAAGUCCUGCAGAAGCACCCACUCCAACCCACCCUAUUUUCUUCUCUGCACAUCAACCGUCGCCAUCUGCAGGGCUCCUUCAGAUUUUAAUCUCCGCCGAAAAAUGCCAGGAGCUAAUCUGGAAUAACAAACUGAGUGACGUGUCGGAGAGGCUGGGCACGACGCAAAUUACGAGCACCUCCCCGAGCCCGGGUCUUCCUCUAGCCCUCUCGCCCAGCUGGGAAGUUUUGCAGGAGACCACAGCCAGACUCUUGUUCAUGGCUGUACGUUGGGUGAGAUGUUUAGCCCCCUUUCAGACUUUGUCCAAACGGGAUCAGUUACUUCUUCUACAAGAAUCUUGGAAGGAACUGUUCUUACUUCAUCUAGCACAGUGGUCGAUUCCGUGGGACCUGUCACCACUUUUUAACUCCGAGAAGGCCCGCGAGAGACUGCCCAAGGAUGACAAAGUGGUAAAUAAUGAAAUAAAAGCCAUCCAAGAAAUUUUAGCCAGAUUUCGGCAGCUAUCACCCGAUGGAAGUGAAUGUGGCUGCAUCAAAGCUGUUAUUCUUUUCACUCCAGAGACACCAGGUCUGGUAGACGCGCAACCGGUAGAGAUGCUUCAAGAUCAGGCGCAGUGCAUUCUCGGAGAUUAUGUCAGAGGUCGCUACUCCCGUCAGCCAACAAGAUUUGGCCGGCUCCUUUUGAUGUUGCCCUCUCUACGCUCCAUACGACAAUGCACAGUAGAGCAACUAUUUUUCAAAGAAACCAUCGGUGAUAUUCCCAUACAGAGACUUCUAGGUGACAUGUACACCAUGGAAAAAUCCUAUAACUGACCGCUCAGUCCUUAAUGAUCCCCAUUGCAAUAUCUUACAGUUUAAACUGCGUAUGCAUUUUUGCGCACAAAUAACAUUAGUUUCAAAUUCUCGCAAAUUGCGAAAGGACGAAGCUUUUGAGAAUUGUUAAUAUUACCUAACAGCCUGCAUCCCAAUUUUGUAUCUGACGUAAUCGACAAGCAUCAGAGAGUUUUGAAAUGAUUAUGAGAGCAAGUCAUCACUUCUACAUAAUUUUUAUUUGCUACUAUGUAUAUAUUGUUAUUACGAAGCUGCACGAAUUGAACAUUCUUUGAGGAGCUAAACUUUUUAUUUCUUCAUCAAGAUAGUACGUAUCUCUGGAUCUCAUAAUGUUAGCGUAAAGUGGUUUUGUAAAAUUUGGCAGUUUUCUUAUGUAAAAAGCUUUCUAUAACAAAAGCUCAUAUUAAUUUGUUUAGCGCACAUAUCCAUUAUCAACCGGUCAGUGGAUUUAGUUUUAUUGGACUUUUCUACUCCCGUUUUUCAUCGGACAAAAGCAUCAUCGUGAAAUUCAUUUUUUUUUCUCUUUAAGACGAAGAGGGCAAAGUUAAAAGUAUGACUAAAUGUGAUACUUUAAUAUCAGAAAUAUAGAGGCUCACUUCACCUCACUCUGAUCAUCAUUCAGAUGGACUGUUCGGCAUAUCGAAUAUAGCUAAAAUGAGUGCAUGCAAGAUAGGCAACAUAUAUAACGCAUCGUUAGAUCUCGGAGGCAUCGUUUCAUUUUGAAGGAGUUUUUGUAGACUUGCUCCUAGCAUGGUCCUACAGAAGCUUUUUGAACGAGUCGGAAACAAUGGGCUUUCAGUCACAUGUGAAAAUUGAAAUUUAAAGAAAAAAGAAAAGAACAACGAGGAGAAAAAAAUUACAAACACGGCUCCAAACAAGGAGAAAACUUCUAGUUUUAUCUGUAAUAGAAGGGUGCUUAUUUACAAUGAAUUUUUUUGUCCAAAGCAUUUUAAGUACUCAUAUGCACUUAUUUUAUUAAUUAUUUGACUUACUUACUUGCUUACUUAUUUAGUUUGAUUUACUUGAUGAUACCGUAACAUUUGAAAUGCGAUACUCGUUAUUCUUUAGCUAGUCAUUCCACCUGCUUCAUUUGCAGAUUUUCUGUUUUUUGUUCGAUAUUUAUUCGUUAUUUGUUUACUUUGUCCUUGUUUUCUUUUAUUUAUUUGCCAUUUAGAGCCAAAGUCCUUAACCAAUGUUUAAAAAUCUAGUCCUUGUAAAAUGUAUGCAAUUGGCGUAUAUUGACUGUGAGAUAUGACUUAUAGAGUAAACUGUAAAUACAGCAUGAUUACCUUGUUAUUAAUUAAAAUGAUAAUAAAUAAAUCACCUUUG